AGGAUUUACAUUUACAUGUUUUUUUUGCAUUAAGUGACUUAAAAAGCCUGUAAAGAACACAAAGUACAAAUAAAGGGUAUGACUUGGUAUUAGACUGGGGCAGUAAUGCUAAAUGUUAAGGUUAUCUUAUUGGACUGUCAUCCACAACACGAUGUAAGAUAUUAAACACGUUAUGCAAGUCAAAUUCGUAAAACGUUUACAUACAUGGAUACAGAUACAUUCAGAGCAUGUUCUAUUCCGUUAAAUAUAGCAUUAAAAAAUGCAGGACUUUACGGAGUGUGGGAACCAUAGAAGUGCCGUAUUUAUGAUUUUUAGACAGACUUGCCACCCUUUCAAAGACAGAACAGUGUCCUUGAUAAUCAUAAGAACAAUAACUAUUCUAAAGUUCAUUUGGUAUCUGGAAAAUAUUGGAAAACCAAACAAGUGAGGAUAGCUAUACUUUACAGCCAAGACAUUCUUGGAUGUCCUAAGAGGCAUCAGUUUCCUCUUGUUAAAGGUGACUAAAUAACACGUAUUACUGUAGUAUGUAUUACUGUAAAAUAGCAGGGGGGCGUGGCGGGCGGUUCCAAUUAUAAUGUAAUAUGCUGUAUCGUUGAGCAUCAUUACACAUUGUUUUUCGCCCGAUUUAUUCAGAGAAUUCACAGCAUUCCGUAUCUUAAAACUCCGCCCAACUGCUUGUAUUUCAGCGUAAAAAAACACGCCUUCAAUUGAGUUCGUUGGAAUAGUCUUAAUAUUGGAACAACGAGUCCAGUCGGAACAAAUGAAAAGAACGACUAAUGUGUGACAUCACAGAGGAAUGCCAUGCCGCUUACUACAUAAAAGUAAACUGACAUAAAAUAAAGCCGUGCAAAGUUAUUGUAGAGCACUAGAGGAAUUCAAUGAGGAAUCUGUGAAGCUACACUUGGGGUUAGGAUGGAUGAAAGCUACGAGGCACUGUGCUCGCAACUGGAUAAGCUGCGUAGUGAAAAUUCCGACUUGCGAAUGAUGCUAGAUAUAGUGAGAGAGAACUACGAUCUACAGUCCAAGCUGAUGAGCACGCAACGAACCGUCGAUGAGACGGAAAAUAAAGGAAGAAAAAUGACCCUUCGCUGGCAAGACACUCUGGAUGAAGGAAGGUUUAGCACUGACCUGCCAAACCUUUCUCUGAAAGCAUCCACCCCCUUGACCAUUCAGUCGCUAGAAAAGGGUUCCUCACUGAAAAAGAUUCAAAAGGAACCGUUUUCAGACAGCACUCAACUGUCUCAGGAGGGGAAAGUUCCUUCAGACUCAAAAAAGAUGGAGCGACUGGUGGGAGAGAUUGCCUUCCAGCUGGAACGCCGGAUUCUCUUUCAUGUAUUCCCAGGCCAGAGCAGACUGUAUGGAUUCACUGUGCUCAACAUACCUGAGAAGAUACUUCAGAUCUCCAAGCACCCUUUGACUGGAAAAGUGGAUGAAGACUACCGCUAUGACCUGUCACAGCGCCACCUGUCACUGAUGGACAGGCUACGCAUGCUUGGCUACAGUGUGCCUAUACACGCACCAUUUGCUGAGUCCAUCGUCAACACCUAUGGCAUCCUCAAACAGCGGCCAGAUGCCUACAGCGCUGAAGAGCUGGGCUACAACAACCCUGAAUUCUUGCGCGCUAUUAUUAUCAAAACGGCUCCUUCCAAGUUGCUCAAGGAUCUCCUCUGUUUGCUCAGCUGCCUAUGUUUCAUGGCAAGGCAAGACAACAAACCUCUCUUCCUGUGGUAGACAUAACAGUCCCUUACCCAAUGCUGUCUUUAGUGCCACAAAUGACAGAAAGAAAUAAAGUUAACUUCAUGGGUCCUAUGUUGUGUCGUCUCAUGAAAUUUCUGAAUUGUGAAAUUUACCAGCAAGAACCACUGAGAUCCCCUGAACUAUGCCACAUAUCUCCGGCAACAACAAUUUUGCAUUUAAUGUGAAACCAAUAUUUCCCACUUUUGCCAUAAGCAAUACAUUAGAAUGUAAUAAGGUGAACAGCUUACCCUGUGGAAGCAUGGAUGUGGAAACAAGGGAGCGGGGAAUGCUGCAAGUGCAGCACCACUGCCAUCUGGCAAAGGGAUGGUGCUGGAAAGUGCAGUAGAACAGAGAAAGCAAUAUCCACAACAACCCUGCACCUCCAAAGGAAAAAACAAAAAACAAAACAAAACAAUCCCACAUGCCUGUGUGAAAGCACUCGUACUAUAUUGUAGUCAAUGGUAUGUUCACCCUUUUAGAGGUCUAUAUUAAAAUGCUACAAAAUUGUUUAAAAACUGCGU